GGUGAAGUCGAACCAGUUUAACCAGUCUUGGUCCUCAGUGUGUGAAGCUGACUUUGACCAGCAGGAUGCAGAGGUGGUCUGUAGGGAGCUUGGCUGUGGGGCUCCUUCAGUCCUCCAGGGGGCGCUCUAUGGAGACGUAGAGGCUUCAAUGUGGACCAAAGAGUUCCAGUGUGGAGGAACUGAGUCUGCUCUCCUGGACUGUAGAAGCUCAGGCUCAGAUAGAAACACCUGCUCACCUGGCAAAGCUGUUGGACUCACCUGCUCAGAGUCUGAUGAUGUCAGGUUGGUGGGAGGAGACAGUCGCUGUGCAGGAACACUGGAGGUGAAACAUCAGGGAGACUGGAGACCAGUGGGUAGCUAUUACUCUGACUGGAGCCUGAAGGAAGCAACUAUUGUUUGUAGAGAACUUUCCUGUGGCUCUGCUGUUUCGGUAGGAUGGAGAGAGGAGUCCUCAUCCAGAUCUGUGUGGUGGAUCAGGUCUGACUGUGUUCAGUCUAAAUCUGCUCUGAGGGAUUGUGCAACACCAGAUUCCUCUCCCCUCAUCCUGAAUCUCACCUGCUCAGACCUGCUGCUUCAGCCCAACAUCUCUGGGUCCUCCUCUGUGGACGGGGUCUCCGAGGCCCAGCAGCAGGGGUUUCACGUGCUCAGGGGCUCCACCUUCACCAUCAGCUGCUCCAUCCAGCCACAGUACCCAGGAGGCUCCUUCCAGCUCAACUUCACCUCCUCCACCUCAGCACUCAACUACAUUGAGCCAGCUGUCAAUCACUCCGCCCACUUCCUGUUUCCUGCUGCAGAGCCCGCCCACCAAGGAAGCUACAGCUGUGUUUAUCACGUCUAUGUUUUUUCUCAUAACUUCUCGUCUGAGAGCCGUCUGAUCUCUCUCACUGUCGCAGAUCUAAGGCCUUUUAUCAUCAGAGCGAUCGUCCUGCCGCUGAUUCUGCUGUUGGCGAACAUUGGCUUUUACUUCUACUAUAAGACCACCAGGGGGCAGAGGCCGGGUAGACGGGAGAAGGCUGAGCCUGAUUAUUAUAACCUGGGUGUUCCUGCAGCUGAAGGAGGGCCGACUGAAGAGGAAGGAGCUCAGGGAGCAGAGUAGCACCUCCAAAGAGCUCAUCUCACAUCCAGAUGGAUUUAUAACACACAACCAUCCAGCAGUUCAUUUUAUACGCAUGUUCCCUUUAAACAAGCUGUAAAUAUUAUAAAACAGUAUAUACUAUAUUUUUUACUUGAACUGAAUACAGUGUUGGAGGCGGGCCCCCGUUCAGUCCUAUGAAAGUUGCUCAGUGGCGCAUGAUGCCAAAAUGGCUCAACCUCCAUCUAGAAAAGUACCUGGAUCUUCCGUCGAUGUUCCUCAUCCAUUGGGUCCGCUCGGUCACAUGACUCGGUCCCAACGGACUACUUAAGGAAUAUACUUAAAUUUCUGAUCAAGAAUUUUGAUGAAUUCAUAAGAUUUUGCUUAAUUUUGUACAUUAAAGAAUAUCCUUAAAUUUGUGAUCAAGGACUUUGCUUAUUUCUUAAGAAUUUUGCUUAAUUUUGUACUUUAAAGGGACCAUUUGUAACUUUCAGAAAUGCUUCUUAACAGCGACACCUGUGGCCGUGAAAUCAACGAAAGUCAGC